GGCCGGCGUGGCCACGAGGCCCACGACCAAGAGAAGCCAUCGCCAACGCCAACGCCAAACCCAACGAGCGCUGCCGCCGCUAGCUGCUUCCUUGGUUCUUGUGGCUUUACUUCUUCGCCGAGGCUGCUUGCAUUUGUUCGGCCAUGGACACGGCGGCGCUGCCCGUCCCCGUGGGCGUGGAGACGCAUUUCGCUCCUCCGGCCUCCAUGCCGUCGUGGCCCUCGUCAGAUGGAGCAUUCGCGAAGGGCGCCAUAGACCUUGGAGGCCUGGAGGUGCGCCAGGUCUCCACAUUCGCCAAGGUCUGGUCCACCAGCCGGGACGGCGCCGGCGCCACCUUCUUCAGGCCGUCGCCGAUCCCGGCCGGCUUCUCGGCGCUCGGGCACUACGCGCAGCGCAACGACAGGCCGCUCUUCGGGCACGUCCUCGUCGCUCGUGACACCACUUCUCACGACACGGCGGCACCGAUCCUUGCUCCGCCUCGAGACUACACCCUCGUCUGGUCCAGCCCGGACGGCGGCGGCUGCUUCUGGCUCCCCACGGCGCCCGACGGUUACAGGCCGAUCGGCGUGGUGGCCACGGCCACGCCGGACAAGCCUCCCCUCGACGCGGUCCGGUGCGUCCGCGCCGACUUCACUGACGAGUGCGAAGCCGAGGCGCCGUCGGUGUGGAGCAGCGGCGACCGGGUCGGCGGUGGCUUCAGCGCCGCCACCCUGAGGCCGACGGUACGCCGCGUCGACGCCCGCAGCGUGCACGCCGGCACGUUCCUCGCCCGGAGCAGCGCGACGCCGGUUGACGCCUCGGCCCUGGCGUGCCUGAAGAACAACGGCGCGAGCCACACAUCCGCCAUGCCCGACCUCGCCCAGGUGAACGCCGUCCUCGCGGCCUACUCGCCGCUGGUGUACCUCCACCCGGACGAGCCGUACAUGCCCUCGUCGGUGGCGUGGUUCUUCGAGAACGGCGCGCUGCUGCACCGGCGCCAGCAGGCCCCGACGCCGGUGGUGGACGCCGGCGGGUCGAACCUCCCGCAAGGCGGCGACAACGACGGCAGCUUCUGGCUCGACCUGCCGGCGGGCGGGGAGCAGAGGGAGAGGGUCAAGAAGGGCGACCUCGCCGGAGCGAGGGCGUACGUGCAGGUGAAACCGAUGCUCGGCGGGACGGCGACGGACCUCACCAUGUGGUUCUUCUACCCGUUCAACGGGCCGGCGCGGGCCAGGGUGGCCUUCGCCACCCUGCCGCUCGGCGGCAUCGGCUCCCACGUCGGCGACUGGGAGCACCUGACGCUCCGGGUGAGCAACUUCUCCGGGGAGCUCCUGCGGGUGUACUUCUCGCAGCACAGUGCUGGCGUCUGGGUCGACGCGCCCCGGCUGGAGUACGUCGCCGGCGGCGGCGGCAGGAGGCCGGUGGCGUACGCGUCGCUGCACGGGCACGCGUUCUACCCGAGGGCGGGGCUGGAGCUGCAGGGUUCCGCGGUGGUCGGGAUACGGAACGACAGCGCCAAGGGGAGCAUGUUCGACACCGGCGGGCCCGGGCGGUGCGAGGUGGUGUCGGCGGAGUACCUCGGCGUCGCCGAGCCGGCGUGGGUCGGGUUCAUGCACCCGUGGGGCCCGACGGAGGUGUACGCCAUCGGGCGCGUGAUCAACGGCGUCGCGCGGUUCCUGCCGCGCGCGAUGCGGGAUCGGCUGGAGCGGCUGGUGAGGAAGGUGUUCGUCGGGGACGGGGCGACGGGGCCCAAGAAGCAUGGCAGCUGGGUAAACGACGAGAGGGACCCCCCAACUGAGGGUUAAUUCGCGCGGGAACUUCUUCAUCAGUCACCCACCAUUCGCUACAGCCUUUUUACAAUCAGAUCUGAUGGCCACUUUCAUCUUAUUUGAAAUAAUACAAAUAAGUAAUUAAGGAA